GGUGAUUUGUAUUGGUCGGUCGGGUCUGGCUUCUGAGGUGGUCGGCGGCCCCUCACUCGUGCAGCGAUCAAGUCAAGUGGCGCUUCCAACAACGUACGGUGUAACCGUGAUUGCUCUUUAGCAAAAUGGAUAUUAGUCAAAGAGCAGACUGCAACAACAUGAGUGCGUAUGACUACCAAAGACAGACAUAUGUAUGGAAUUAUUUGGACGGCUCGCAACGAGGAGACAUGUGUGACAAGCCUAAGAUCCAAUCGCCAGUGGCGGAAUGCUACCCUGCCGCUGAGCUAGAUGAAAAUGAGACUUCACAGAUGAAAACACCUUCGAUUUACAAUUUAAGCAGGGAAAACGCACAGAGAUCAAUGGCUGUCACAAACUGGGGCUCGCCAAGCUACCCUCGCCAUGGCUUCUCUCAUUGCGAAGCAGCCAGGGGUUAUUCUGAAAAUGCGUCCCCUUCUUGCAUGUUCUCUGCCCCCAGAGUUCAUUACCAACACUACGUAAAUCACGCCAGAAGUCAAUUCGAAUGGAUACACGACCUGACGCAAGAUCCAACGAUGAGAAGUCGACCCUCUUUUACAUCCCAUCAAACGAGGGAACUGGAACGAGAGUUCACCAACUGCCAAUAUAUUUCAAGGCGGCGGCGGAUAGAGAUCGCCUACUCGUUGAAUUUGAGUGAAAAGCAGAUUAAAACCUGGUUUCAAAACAGACGGGUCAAAGAAAGGAAGACACGGAAACCCCCUGAAUCAAAGUAGGUUAGAAGUCAACUCGACGAAAGGCAAUGCAGGCAAAAUUGUAAACUUAAAAUUAUAGGACGCCUAUAUUGCUUAAUUUCACGUCAAAUAGCAAUUCUCGUUUUAAUCUUAUUGGUCAGAUGCUUCCUAUUGGUCAAAUUUUUUCGGCAUAAAACGCAACAAUUUUCAUUGAAGAAAACCACAUUGUUCUUGGUAAUUGCGAAAACAGUACAGUAAGCAAGCAUUUUAAUAUACAACUUAGACCUUGUAGAAAGGGAAUUUCGUGGAAAAAACUAACAAACUGCCUAACCUCAAAUUUUAUUUCACACACCAUCUAAAUCGACCAUGGAGAUUUCAAAUCUUAGAUUUGCACGGGAAAUUACUUGUUUUUGAUGACAUCAUCGAAAGUUUAUACAAAUUCUUUAAAAAUCAGCCAAAGACUUGACCAUUGCGCUUCCUAUUCAACAAAAUUUACUUCUGUCCUGUUAUUUUCUUCUAUUUAAACACCUUUAGGCUCACUUAUCCAUGAUUUCCAAUUACCUGUCAAGGAUUAUGACGUCAUAAAAUGAUGGUAGUGUCAUGCAAAAAAGCGAUUAGAAGUAAGAAAAAUAGUAAUUUUAUACAUUCUCAAAAGCACUGAAUAUGUGCUAUGCAAAUAUGGAACUUUGUUGACAAAAAUAUUUGCGAUAAGACAAUUAAUGUGGUUCAAAAUGAAUUUUCCAAACCAAAGUUGAUGACGUCAUCAAAAAAUUUGAAUUCUGUUCAAAAUAUUUUCCAUUCAAUCUUGGAUUUUGAAUCUGCAUAGUUUAUUUAAUGGAAAAAUGCAAUAAAAGUUGAGGCCGAGUCUUUGGCUGAUUUUCAAAAAAAUUGUAUCAAUUUAUGAAGACAAAAACAAGUAACUUCCGGUGUAAAAAUUUUUUGGCCCAUUUUGGAUUUGAAAUCUCCAUGGUCGAUUUAGUUGAUGUGUAAAAUAGAAUUUGAGGUUAGGAAGUUUGCUAGUUUUUUCUACAAAAUUCCCUGUUUAUUGUAUUCAAGUUAGAAUCCCCAAGAAAAACAAAAUGCUGUCAAAGACAGAAAAAGGAAGAAGUAGCAGAAGUAUGUUGGUUUGGUCUGGAUAAAUAGGGUAUUAAAGAUUGUCUGCAGCCUUAGUGUUGUAAUAAAAUGUCCGAUGUUGAAAUUCCUUAGCAACCAGUGAAGGUGACUAUGCUUGUAUAUGAAUUGUGCAUGCAACAAUUUUCAAAGACAGUGUCUGGAUUUUUCUGAAAAGGUCCACGCAAUGUGUUACGGAGAGCCCAGCAUCACAUAUUACCAGCUAUUUCAGAUUGUUAAUUUUCGCAGGACAUUCUAUACAAUGCAGUUCAUUUAAAAAUUAUUGAAAAUGCCAUUUUCGGAAGGUUCCGAUGUCAGUUUUUGUAGAAGUAACGAAUCUUCUUGUUUAUAAAGCUCAUGUUAUUAAAGUUGAAGCCAGCCGUACCAAGGGCAGAGUGACAAGGCUCCAAAAAGUUUUAGCCGAUUUCUGAACAAUAAAAACAACAAUAACAAUCACAGUUUUAAUGACGUCAUCAUGGGUCCCAGGCCCCGGCGAACCUCCGCGCGCCUGCCCGCAGCAAUGAUUCUAAAGGGUAUAAUAAAUUUGCACGAUGACCUAAGCGAAUGCCCUGUUAACCUGUUUGACAUGAAUAUGAGGGACCCGCUUGUGAAUUAUCGUUUGCUUUUGUAUAGCUAAAGACAAGUCGUUUUAGGCCAUCAAGCCUUUUUAAAGUUUUUAAUUUGGGGUUUUCUGUGCAGAACUGUUUGCAUUGCCUUAAUGAUAUUAUAACAGCGCCUGUAUGUUGUAUAUAACAAAAAUUAUGUUGAGCAUUGUUAUACUUUGGACUGUAAAGAAAUAAUUUUUUUUGCUUAUCAGUAAAAAGACCAUCUUUAAUGAUAAUCAUAUGCAUUUCAUCGACAAAUAGCGAUUAUUUAGAAAACAUCGAUCUCUUUAUGCGACACUGUUGUGUUUAUGUUAAUAUUUAAACUUGAAUGUAAUAUCGUAAAUUUGAAAUUUAGACUUGUUACUCACUGGUGUUCUACGUUUAACCCUCAUCUUCAUUCUGUUGUUAUAUUGUAAUACUUAUUACUUGAAGUAUGAUAUCGGGAACUCUUCAGAGAAAUUCUGUCAUAUCAAUAGCAGAAAUAAUCACGUUUUCUAGUAUAACGUGUUCAGUUUUGCCGUGAGACGGUAUGACAUAUCAGGGCCGACGAAACUGGGGGGCUGGGGCCAUGCCCCCCUUCCCCCACUUUUCUGCAGAGCUAAAGAAAAAUUUUAGGCAAAAGUGAAAAUUAAUAUAGUAUAUGAUUCUGUAAGUAACUUUGCCUAGUAUUCUCUUAAAU